AUGGAGCCAGCAGGGAGGUCCAAGAAGAGGGCGCAUCCAUGGAUCAACGCCAGCGUGCACUUCCUGCUCUGCUUCGCAGUUGGCGCUCUCGUUGCACUCGCGCCGCUGGCCGCCAGCAUCCGUUCCCCGUUUCUCGGCCCGUUCGGCGACGCUCACCGAGCUGUGGCCGCGCCGCCGCCUGCGGCCCCCGACCUCGGCCUCCUCCUGAUCGUCACCGUCACGCAGCCCGACGACGGCAUGGCGCAGGACGCGUCGGUGGCGAGGCUCGCGCACACGCUGCGGCACGUGGCGCCGCCACUGCUGUGGAUCGUGGUCGGGGCCAGGAACAGAACCGCGACGGCGAGGACGGUACAGUUGCUGCGUGGCACCGGACUCAUGUUCCGGCACCUCACCUACGAUGCCACGAACUUCACCGGCGGCGAUGCCGGCGAUGAGGCGGACCACCAGAGGAACGUGGCUCUCAGCCACAUCGAGCGCCAUCGGCUGAACGGCGUCGUCCAUUUCGCCGGCGCUUCCGGCGUCUAUGACCUCCGCUUCUUUCAAAUGCUCAGGCAAACUCGAGGUAUUUCAGCUUGGCCAGUAGCAACUCUCUCACCAGCGGACCAGAAGGUGACAUUAGAAGGACCAACAUGCAACUCAUCACAAAUCACAGGCUGGUACUCAAAGGAUUCAAGCACUAAUAGAACACAGGGAAUCUCCAACUCCAUGGUUGCAGCAGAUACCAAUACCACCGCAAACAAGAACUCCAGCUCUGACUAUCCCAUAGUAAACAUCUCUGGAAUUGGGUUCAGGAGCUCACUGCUUUGGAAUUCAGAAGGAUCACUCAUAAGGGGAAACUCAUCAGCUGGAGCAACACAGGAUUUCAUCCAGUUAGUACGAGAAAUAGUGAUCCUAGACGGAAACAAGCUUAAGGGCGUUCCCUCUGAAUGCUUCGAGUCCCAGGUAAUGUUGUGGCACAUGGACAUGCCAAUAUUUACUCUAAACACUGAAGAAGAAAAGGAGAUUGAACAGCAGCAGAAUCCUAAAGAAGAAAAGGAGAUUGAACAGCAGCAGAAUCUAAUGAAGAGUGAUGAAGAUCCCACGACAUGA